GUGAGCCGCCGCGGCGGCCAGGGGGAGGAGAAGCCUCGGGCGGCCGCCCCCCGCCCCACAUCUGGGACCCGACCCUCCCCGCCCCAGAUGCCGCCCCCAGAACCCCAGGACGCUCAUCGCGCAGCCCGAGGCGUCCAUAGGGUCGAACCCAGGCGUCGGGGACCUCUGUCCCGCGUUUUAAGAGACCCUCAAGCCCCGGCUCCCGCACAGGGGCCGGGACCUCUGAUGCCCAGCGCCCCCUUCUGGAGGAGCCCGGGGCUCGGGAAGUCAGCCCCGAGGCUGGAGGCUCGUCCCGCACCCGGCUUCGAAGACCGUAGGAUCUGUGGCCGUGCAUCCCUCCCACGGGGUCCCAACUCUGAGUCCAAGACCCCCUCCUGGAGCCACUUGGGGACAGGACCUCGCGCCUCGGCUUAGGGCUGCAGCAUCCAUCACCUCCUGGAGACCGAGGAGUUAGCCCGUCCUCACGGUCCCUCCCGGAGGUGACUUCAUCCCUGCCCCUCGGUUCUGGAAACUCUGGAAUCCCAGUGCCCCCGACUACACACAGCCCUACCUAGAAGACUUGAGGAAUUUGGGUUCCCCAGCGCCCGGGUCUGAGACUCGAGUAGAGGUUACAGCAUCUUCUAUUUAGAACACCGAGACUUCGGACUCUGGAUCCCAACUCUCCCCGGAUUCUGGAGUCCGAGAACCCCAAGUUCACGACCUUAAGUCUGGGUUGCGAGCCUCCCCAGGGAGCGCGCGUUACGAUCCAGACGCGCGGGACUCCCGACCCCAAAGCCCGUGGCUCCCCGGGAGGUGAGGGGAGCGAGGGGCCCGGGGCUGGGGGAGGGGGCGGCGCCGAAGCGGAACAAUGAGGGGGCGUGCCGGCGGGGGGUAGCGGAGGCGCCGGCUGGAGUUGGGGGCUGCAACUGCACAGGGGAGGACCCAACGGUGGGGACCGCGGUUGGGGCGCCGAGGGACCGACUGGAGCUGGGUGGAGGACUCGGGGGCCAGCGCCCCAGUGCGCCGUCCUGGGCGGGGUCCGAGUUGUGUCAGUCAACCAUGCCCGAGGGAGCCCGGGGACUCAGCCUGUCCAAACCCAGCCUUAGGCUCGGGUGUGGCCACCAAGGUGAAGUUUGCGACUGCGCAGCUGGGAGUGAUACUCCAACAGCUCGGGCAGCCCCCACCAUGGCUUCUCCAAGGGGUUCUGGCAGCUCCACCUCUUUGAGCACUGUGGGCUCUGAGGGGGACCCAUCUCCAGCCUGCUCAGUCUCCAGGCCAGAGCCCCUGCCUGAGCCCCCCAUACGCCUGCACCUGUCGCCUGUGGGAAUCCAGGGUUCAGUGAAGCCCUCCAGGCUGGAACGCGUGGCCAGGGAGAUUGUGGAGACAGAGCGGGCAUAUGUCCGGGACCUUCGCAGCAUCGUGGAGGACUACCUGGGCCCUCUGAUGAAUGGCAGGGCCCUAGGGCUGAACAUGGAGCAGGUGGGCACGUUGUUUGCCAACAUCGAGGACAUCUAUGAGUUUAGCAGCGAGCUCCUGGAGGACCUGGAGGGCUGCAACAGUGCAGGGGGCAUCGCCGAGUGCUUUGUGCAAAGGAGCGAGGAUUUUGACAUCUAUACCUUGUACUGCAUGAACUACCCAAGCUCCCUGGCCCUGCUCCGAGAGCUGUCACUGUCCCCACCAGCCACUCUGUGGCUGCAGGAGCGUCAGGCCCAGCUCCGCCACUCCCUGCCUCUGCAGAGCUUCUUGCUGAAGCCUGUUCAGCGCAUCCUGAAGUACCAUCUCCUGCUGCAGGAACUGGGCAAGCACUGGGCAGAGGGCCCGGACACUGGAGGGCGAGAGAUGGUGGAGGAAGCUAUUGUGUCCAUGACUGCAGUGGCCUGGUACAUCAAUGACAUGAAGCGCAAGCAAGAGCAUGCUGCACGCCUGCAGGAAGUGCAGCGGCGGCUGGGUGGCUGGACUGGCCCCGAGCUCAGCGCCUUUGGAGAGCUAGUGCUGGAAGGCACCUUCCGUGGGGGAGGUGGGGGAGGCCCCAGGCUUCGUGGGGGUGAGCGCCUGCUCUUCCUGUUCUCCCGGAUGCUGCUGGUAGCCAAGCGUCGGGGGCCUGAAUACACCUACAAGGGCCACAUCUUUUGUUGUAACCUCAGUGUAAGUGAGACGCCUCGAGACCCCUUGGGAUUUAAGGUGUCGGAUCUGACCAUCCCCAAGCACAGACACCUGUUUCAGGCCAAGAACCAAGAGGAGAAACGGCUGUGGAUCCACUGUCUCCAGCGCCUCUUCUUUGAGAACCACCCGGCUUCCAUCCCUGCCAAGGCAAAGCAAGUUCUCUUGGAAAACAGCCUACACUGUGCUCCCAAAAGCAAACCUAUCCCAGAACCCCCAACGUCCCCACUGGACUCUCCCCGGCCGCGAGACGCUCCAAGUUUUACCCCUGGCAGAAGAAACCCAGCUCCGUCUCCAAGACUCUCUGGUAGUCGCCGUGGCCGCAGGCAGUCUGAGCCGGCAAAGGAACCUUAUGUCAUUUUUCCCCAGAACGAUAAGCCUCAAGUCAAGCAUGCUGGCAGUGAAGGGGAACUCCACCCCCCAUCAGAGUUGCAGCCACCAGUGUCUGCUUCUGGCCCUCCUGAAGACCUGGAGGAUGCUGGGCCUCCCACAUUGGACCCAUCGGGGACUUCCAUAACUGAGGAAAUUCUAGAACUGCUGAACCAGAGAGGCCUCAGGGACUCGGGGCCAGCCACCCACGACAUUCCCAAGUUCCCCAGAGACUCCAGGGUGCCAGUUGAAAGUGAACCCCUCCCGUUCCAAGCCCUGCCAAGCCGAGAGUCUUCAGAAGAGGAGGAGGAUGAAGAGCUGGAGACAGAUGACCGGGAGCCUUCCCCACUCCAUGUGUUGGAGGGGCUGGAAGGUCCCAGUGCAACUGAAAUUCCCUGCAUUCCCAGCCUUUCUAAGAUUCCCAGCGACAUGCCCAGCCUUCCAGAAAUUCCCGAGGUUCCCUGCCUUCCAAGUUUCUCUGACAUCCCUGGUGUUUUUGAGGUGCCCUGCCUUUCACCCAUGUCCAGUGUGUCUGACAUUCCCAGCUUGGCCAACACCCCCUCUUUCCCCUGUGGCUCCUGGCUCCCUGGACCCCUGCAGGAGGCAGCCCAGCCUCAAGCCACCAGGAGGGAACUGUUGACUGGGAACAAUCCAGAAAGACUGAGUGAGCCACCCUCAGAAAGCAGAGAAGGGCAGGAGGAAGACACAGAGGGCGUGUCAUUCCCAGCUGUGCAGACCGAGGCUGGCACCCCAGUCCAAGGAUUCCCGGAAGAACUGGAAUACCGCUCUUGUUCAGAAAUCCGAAGUGCCUGGCAAGCACUGGAGCAAGGGCAGCUGUCCCGGCCUGGCUUCCCAGAACCUCUGCUGAUCCUGGAAGACUCUGAUCUUAGUGGAGGCAGCACCAGCGGGAAGGCAGGAAUGCCACAUUCAGAGCGGUCAGCGUCACGGGUGCGAGAGUUGGCUCGGCUCUACAGUGAGCGGAUCCAGCAGAUGCAGAGAGCUGAGACUAGGGCAUCCACCAAUGCACCCCGCCGCAGACCUCGAGUCCUGGCCCAACCCCAGCCAUCCCCUUGCCCACCCCAGGAAGAGGCUGAACCAGGGGCCCUGACUGCAUUUGGACAUGUGCUUGUAUGUGAGCUGGCCUUCCCACUGAACUGUGCCCAGGAGUCUGUCCCUCUGGGCCCUGCUGUUCUGGUUCAAGCUGCUACACCUUUGAGUACUCGAGGAAAUGACCUGAGUAGCCAGAGUCUAAAUGUUUCCGAUUUGCCCAAGCAAGAUCGUCUGAGUGAUACCUGCAUUCCACCUCCCAUCCCUUUACCUGGGCAAAGCAACUUCCAGAACAUCCAGGUUCCAUCUACAUCGUCCCUUUUGCCCAAGCAAGAUCCUCCAGAUGUCCAGGCCCCAGCUGCCACAACCCUGCCUGAUACUAGUCAGCUACAAAGCCAAGUUCCAGCUGCCACUCCUUCUAUGGAGCAUAGAAACUACGUGGAGAUCCAGGUUCAGUCCACCACUUCCCUUCCUGUCCAAGAGUGUCAGGCAGACUUCCAGAUGCCAAACACUGUGGCAUUGCCCGAGCAAGAAGGUCAUGAAGACAGCCAAAACCCAAACGAUGUCCUAGGAGCUGAGCAGAGAGAUGUCAGCGUUGAUCAGGACCUAACUGCUGUCGGUGGCCGAGCUGUCAGCCCUUUGCCGGUGUGUACAAGCAGCUCUAACCAUCAGAUCCCAGCCACCACCCCACUGCCACUGUCACCUGACUUCCCAGACAUGGAGGGUCCUGGUGCCAUAUCUGUGCCCACACAGGGAGGUGACCUGGACUUCUGUAUCCCAUGCAACCCUCUACCAUCUUUGUCCCAAGAUAUUCAGGUGCCAGCCGUCAUCCCCUUGUCCCAGCCACAAAGCCUUACAGACAGGGCCAAAGUGCCCCUGUCUUUCCCCAAGCAGGAAGAAGCUCCAGAGUUUCUGGGUCCAGAGCCCAGGCUCACAGACACACCAGCUCCCAGACUCUUACCUACACCGGGCCAACAGAACACCACAGAUGACCAUGUUUCAGUAGCUGCCUUGCCUUUGACUGAACAAGAAUGCUCUCGGGAUCUUCAAGGCCUAAUAACUUCCUCGGUUCAGACACCUGUGGAGUUACCCAUACCAAGGGGUUUAGUCUCUCGCGUUGCCACAUCAGAGUCUUUGGAGCUGACCCCACCACAUAGCCCCUCGCUCUCCACUCGCCAGCUCCUGGGCCCCAGUGCAGCUGCCCUCUCAAGGUACCUGGCAGCUUCAUACAUCAGCCAGAGCUUGGCUAGACGCCAGGGAUCUGGGGGCGAGGGCACAGUAGCCUCCCAGAGUCACUGGUCCUCCUCUGCCCCCACAUCACGGGCACCCUCGCCUCCACCUCAGCCCCAGCCUCCAGCCCCUCCAGCCAGGAGGCUCAGCUAUGCCACCACAGUUAGUAUUCAGGUAGGAGGUGGUGGGAGGCUACGACCAGCUAAAGCUCAGGUCCGGCUAAACCACCCUGCUCUCUUGGCAGCCCCCCACCCAGGAGCCUGUGGGCCUUCCCAGGGCCCAGGAGGCUCUUGAUGCCGCUUUCCGUAUGUAAGCCUGGACAUUAGACUUCAUAAGCUUCAAGAACUUUCCCCAUUCUUAGGACAUGCAGAGUCUGGACACAGGUCCAGAAAUGGCUGUAGCUUUCUAGCCCCAGGGAUCUGUGGCCACAGAUGGCCUUCCUGAGGUCGUGGUUAUUUUGUUAAUUAAUUUUAUGAAAUGCUG